AUAUAGACACCAGCAGCCAGAGGACAUGGAGCCAAAACAGAUCAAAGAAGGAUACAUGGUCAAAAAGGUAAGGGUGAUAGAGGAAAAAUUGUUCCUGUCAAAAAAACGUGAUUACUAUAGGUAUUUGUGUUUAAUUAGGGCCAUAAUUUUAUACUGUAGAUGUGCUGUGGACAGCUUAGUUAUUAGACAAUAGAUUAUCUCACAUUUGAGAACGUUAGGGACAAGAUCCAUCGAUGGAGACGCUGACAAGAGCUGGUAACAUCAAGUCAGCUGGCACUAUGUUUGACUUUUUACAUUUUAAGUUGUCAGUCAAGUGCUCUAAAUAUUUACUGUAGUGUUUUUGCAGACUGUAGUAUACUGUAGUAUUUACUGUAGUGUUUUUGGGGACAUUACUGUAGUAUUUACUAAAGUGUUUUUGUUUUAUUAUCUUUUACAUAGAAGUCGGGGGCUUUCUCCUUGAGGAAACCUACUGGAGAAAUACUAAAAGAGCAAUUAUGUCAUAACGUGUAGGUAGGGCGAACUGGGUUCUGAACGGAGAGUUCAGCACUUCUGCUCUUGUCUAUAACCAUAGGGAACACAAUAUGGUAUAUACAUGGCAUGCUGGUUUCUCACAUACGGGUGGCACAAAUCCGGAUAUGGGUGAGGGGAAUGGUCAGAAUAUAUGAAAAUUAAAUACUGUAGUAUUUACCAUAGUUAAAAAAUGUAAUGUUUUUGUGGAAUGUAGUGUUUUUGCGGACAUUUUUGUAGUAUUACUACAGUGUUUUUUUGUGGAUAAUACUGUAGUAUUUACUAUAGUAUUCUACAGUAUACUACAAAAUUCUAUAUUAAGUACUACACAUGAUUGAGGAAUACUACAGUGUGUAGUAUAGUUUUCUACAGUACACUACAGUUUACUACAUAAUUCUAUAGUAAGUACUGUAGUAUUUAUGUAAAGUAGCUCAGUUUAGAGAGAAAUUAGCAGCAAACUGUUUCCCCCACAAACCACAUUAUCUGAAAAUAGUCUUCACACUUUGUAUUUCUCAUGGCCUGACAAAUGACUAACUCAGAGGAUGGGUCCCAUCACAACGGACUGACUCUUAGUCUGGCGUUAGAUGAAGAUAGAUAACCCAUGACCUCACUGGAUUAAUCUUAAUCUAUAUAAUUUAAUCUAUUGAAUAGAAGAUGAUUAUAUCAUGUCACAUACUAUACUGUUCUUUGCAUAUAAAAAUUUGCCUGUGCUAUUCUUAUGCAUUCCAAUCAUUAUCAGUUGUUCAGUAUCAUUGGAUCAUAUUAGUAGAGCUAUAGGUAGUGCCUGUGAUAGCUUUGCAUCAUUACUCUCUAUGGUGAACCGUUAUCAACAAAGUUAAAUGAAGAUGAAACAAGAACAUUUCACAAAACUGAGUAUUGGAUUGAUGAUUUCCAAUGUGAAUGUUUUCUUUUUGUAUUUCCUUUUUUUUUGCUCUUGAAUAUAUUCCCUAUUUGUAAGGAUUGAUUAAGCAACACAUUAAAAUACUUAAUACAUUAUUAAUGUUAGCUAUAUACAUUUCAUGCCCAGCAUCCAGGCAAGCCAAUAUGGAGGAAAGUCAAUUUGGUAACACUUCACAUGAUGUUUCUCUUAUACCUAUCUAAUAACAAUGUAAUCUACUUUAAAAUGGUUCUAAUUGCAUUGUAUUUGUAUUGUAGUAACAGAGUUGAGCGGUUGUGGAAUAUCUGUGGUAUAGGGACAGAUUAACUUGUGUAAUAACAAAAACAGCUCAACUCAAUGACUACGCAAUUACAAUGUGAUUACAAAUUCCAUCAACAUGUACAUUUCCUCCUUUAUUCUUCAGGGCACAGUGCUGAACACAUGGAAGGUGGUGUGGGUGGUGUUGUCUGAAGAUGGGGUGGAGUUCUUCAAGAGAAAGACAGACAGCGCUCCCAAAGGAAUGAUCCCACUGAAGGGAGCUGUUCUGACCAGCCCCUGUCAGGACUUCAGCAAGAGGACGGUACAGUCACAUCACCUUUCACUGCUAAAUAGGAGUGCAAGUGUCUAUCAAUACUGUAGUGACCCCCCCCCCCCCCCCCCCCAACGUAAAGCAUCAUUGCCAUUCUCUUGCAGUUGGUUUUUAAGCUGAGAACGGCCAAGAACCAGGACCAUUACUUCCAGGCCACCCACCUGGAGGAGAGAGACUACUGGGUGAAAGACAUCAAGAGGGCCAUCACCUGUUUGCAGGGGGACAGAAAGUUCACCAGGAAGUCCACAAGGAGGUCCAUUCGCCUCCCUGAUACAGUCAACCUCAAGUAGGACCUAUGACCUGACAUACAAGCCACCUAUAAUCAUUUUUUUUUUUAUAUAAUCCACAACUACUCUUACAGGAGCUAUCUAUAGGUCUUCGGAACUAUAAUCAUACAGUGAGGGAAUUCAUUAUUUGAUCCCCUUCUGAUUUUGUAUGUUUGCCCGCUGACAAAGAAAUUAUCAGUCUAUAAUUUUAAUGGUAGGUUUAUUUGAAUAGUGAGAGACAGAAUAACAACAACAAAAAUCCAGAAAAACGCAUGUCAAAAAUGUUAUAAAUUGAUUUGCAUUUUUAUGAGGGAAAUAAGUAUUUGACCCCUCUGCAAAACCUGACUUAGUACUUGGUGGCAAAACCCUUGUUGGCAAUCACAGAGGUCAGACGUUUCUUGUAGUUGGCCACCAGGUUUGCACACAUCUCAGGAGGGAUUUGUUCCACUCCUCUUUUCAGAUCUUCUCCAAGUCAUUAAGGUUUCGAGGCUGACGUUUGGCAACUCGAACCUUCAGCUCCCUCCACAGAUUUUCUAUGGGAUUAAGGUCUGCCGAGUGGCGCAGUGGUCUAAGGCACUGCAUCGCAGUGCUAGCUGUGCCACUAGAGAUCCUGGUUCGAAUCCAGGCUCUGUCAUAGCUGGCCGUGACUGGGAGACCCCAUGGGGCGGCGUACAAUUGGCCCAGCGUCGUCCAGGGUAGGGGAGGGAAUGGCCGGCAGGGAUGUAGCUCAGUUGAUAGAGCAUGGCGUUUGCAACGCCAGGGUUGUGGGUUCGAUUCCCACAGGGGGUAUGAACAAAUAAAUAACGUAUGCACUAACUAACUGUAAGUCGCUCUGGAUAAAAGCGUCUGCUAAAUGACUAAAAUGUAAAUGUAAAAUGUCUGGAGACUGGCUAGGCCACUCCAGGAUAUUAAUGUGCUUCUUCUUGAGCCACUCCUUUGUUGCCUUGGCCGUGUGUUUUGGGUCAUUGUCAUGCUGGAAUACCCAUCCACAACCCAUUUUCAAUGCCCUGGCUGAGGGAAGGAGGUUCUCACCCAAGAUUUGACGGUACAUGGCCCCGUCCAUCAUCCCUUUGAUGUAGUGAAGUUGUCCUGUCCCCUUAGCAGAAAAACACCCCCAAAGCAUAAUGUUUCCACCUCCAUGUUUGACGGUGGGGAUGGUGUUCUUGGGGUCAUAGGCAGCAUUCCUCCUCCUCCAAACACGGCGAGUUGAGUUGAUGCCAAAGAGCUCCAUUUUGGUCUCAUCUGACCACAACACUUUCACUCAGUCCUCCUCUGAAUCAUUCAGAUGUUCAUUGGCAAACUUCAGACGGGCCUGUAUAUUUGCUUUCUUGAGCAGGGGGACCUUGCGGGCGCUGCAGGAUUUCAGUCCUUCACGGCGUAGUGUGUUACCAAUUGUUUUCUUGGUGACUAUGGUCCCAGCUGCCUUGAGAUCAAUGACAAUAUCCUCCCGUGUAGUUCUGGGCUGAUUCCUCACCGUUCUCAUGAUCAUUGCAACUCCAUGAGGUGAGAUCUUGCAUGGAGCCCCAGGCAGAGGGAGAUUGACAGUUAUUUUGUGUUUCUUCCAUUUGCGUAUAAUCGCAACAACUGUUGUCACCUUCUCACCAAGCUGCUUGGCGAUGGUCUUGUAGCCCAUUCCAGCCUUGUGUAGGUCUACAAUCUUGUCCCUGACAUCCUUGGAGAGCUCUUUGGUCUUGGCCAUGGUGGAGAGUUUGGAAUCUGAUUGAUUGAUUGCUUCUGUGGACAGGUGUCUUUUAUACAAGUAACAAGCUGAGAUUAGGAGCACUCCCUUUAAGAGUGUGCUCCUAAUCUCAGCUCGUUACCUGUAUAAAAGACACCUGGGAGCCAGAAAUCUUUCUGAUUGAGAGGGGGUCAAAUACUUAUUUCCCUUGUUAAAAUGCAAAUAAAUUUAUAACAUUUUUGACAUGCAUUUCUCUGGAUUUUUUUGUUGUUAUUUUGGUUUCUCACUGUUCAAAUAAACCUACCAUUAAAAUUAUAGACUGAUCAUUUCUUUGUCAGUGGGCAAACGUACAAAAUCAGCAGGGGAUCAAAUACUUUUUCCCCACACUGUAUACACUAAGAGUCAAAAGUUUGGACACAACUUCUCAUUCUGACCCGUACUGUAAGUCAUUUGAUAACUUUCAAAGUCUUGUCUACUUUGUUGUCUGCCAUUUCUCAGUGAGCUUUACAUUCUAAUGAGAGACCAGGAGGAUGGUGUCAAAGAGCUGAAGCUGGAGAAGCAGAAGAGAGUCUACAAUCACUGCUUCACAGGUACAGUAGCACAUAAAUGUAUUAGGAUUUAGGUGACAGUGGAUUUUAUUUAACUUGUAUUUAUCCAGGUCAUACUCAAGAGAGUAGUUUUGAGUCAUUGAGUCUCAUUGAGUCUCAUUGAGAUAGAUCAUACCACUUUUGAUUAUCUUCUUUAUUCCUGUCUCUGCAGGUGGUACGGUGGUGGACUGGCUGAUCUCUAAGGACAAGGCCAGGAACAGGCCUGAGGCUUUGAUGUUGGCUACAGGACUCCUGAAUGAAGGUUUCUUGCAGCCCGCAGGGGACGUGUCCAAAGAGGCGGUCGAGGGAGGGGCAGAGUCUGCCGUCCUCGAUGACCCGGAUGCACUCUACUACUUUGUGAGUGGAUGGGUUGAUUGUUGUUGUUGGUAAUGUAGCUGCUAGUCUCAAUAUAUUCUUCCAUAUAUGCUAGAAGAUAUGGAGAUAUGGUGGUCCUUUGCUAGAAGACCACACAGACUGGGAAAUGUUUGAACACUUCUGUUGUUAGAAACAUACAUACAAGCUAUAAUGUAUUAUAAGUGAGUAUGAUAUGAUGAGAUGACAUAAUCCUGUAUCCAAAUGUUUCUUUACCUUGUAUGGUGUGUUGCAGGCAGACAGUGGGUUCUUCUGUGAAGGCUACUCCAGUGAUGAAGAUGUGAUUGUGAAGGAGGAGUUCAGGGGUAACAUCAUAAAACAGGGCUGCUUACUCAAACAGGUUAGACUGGAAACACUGUGUAAACACUCAUUGAGUGGAUAUCUAUGGAAUAACUAUUGUGAUUAUUACCUGAUCUGAUAUGUUGGGAUGUUCUGAAUUAUGCUUUAUUCCAUACUUAAAGGGGCAAUCUGCAGGCAGAAGUUGUGUAAAGUGAUAGAUAGUCUAUAAAAAGGAUGUUUGCGAUGAAGGAGGAAGUGAAAGUUCCUCACACAAAGCACCGUAUCUGUGGUCGGUGCUGUUUUCACAACUGGUAGUAAUCAGAAACAGAAGUGUCCAUGAGGCUUUGUUUUCAUGCUCUCUUUUUUUUCACCCCAGGGUCAUCGGAGGAAAAACUGGAGCGUGCGGAAGUUCAUCCUCCGGGACGAUCCUGCUUAUAUUCACUAUUACGACCCCACCAAGGUAAGGGAUUAGAGCAGAUUGGAACCUGACACAAAAUUAUUUUCAAUUUCAAUAUAAUUUUUCAAGAACAUAACAUGAAAAAUGUGUCUUUCUCAAUCUUUCCCUCGCUCUUGGCUAAUGUCUUUCAUUCAACUCCUUCCUGUCUUUGUCUCUCUAGCUAAUCUGUUAUUUUUUCUCUCUCUCCCUUUGCCAUCAAUCCCUCUUUCUCUCCCUUCUCCACCCUCUCUCUUCUUCCCCACCCUCUCUCUCUCUGUAGGGUGAUGAGUACCCUCUGGGCUCUAUCCACCUGCGAGGGUCUGUGAUCACAGCGGUGGAGUUUGUUCCUGAUGGUCAGUUAAUUACUGGGGGGGGACAUACACCGAUCCAAGUCCCACACUGACUCACUGAGUAUGUUUACGUGCACAGUAAUAAUUCGAUAUUACACUGAUUAUGGCAGUAGGCAGAUCAUGCAAUAGUCAUGUAAACACUUUACUUUGCUUAUCUUAAUCGGCGUAAGGUCAAAAUUGAAGUAAGCAUAUGCCGAUUAAAACACCUGUUUUUUUUAUAUCUCAAACUAUUAGUACAUGUAAACACUUUAAAUCGGUGUUCCAGUGGUGUAUUUGAUCUUCCAAGCGAGCCUUCCUCUUUAGCAUGAGUGAAGUGAGUUCGGAACAACUGAAUGUAUGCAUCUUAGAAGUAGUUUUCACAUACAAACUUUAUAUGUCCGAACACAAUCUCCCACAAUAAUCGCAUUAUUGUAUGCAUGUAACUGUACUCACUGUGACUUUGUGCUCGAUUCAAUCAGAUCUGCUUUAGCCAAUGUCUGCAUUGUGGUUGUUUUGGCAGUGUCAGAGGUGGAGCUGAGUUAGAGCUGUCAAAUCCACAAGUGGCUCCAGGCAUUAUACCUAAAGCUGACAUUGCCAUUGGCUGCACGGAGUUGCAUUAACAGAAAUCCCAUGCAGCCUUGUUUACAAGUUCGAAAACACUGGAAUGUGACAUAUAAUCUACACCUUGAUUAGGAUUGUAGAAAUCCUCAUUAUUUUGUUUAAUGAUUUUUCAAUUUGAGCGUAAUUAGUUCUGUAUGGCCUACACGUUCUCAUUCUGAACUUCGUGAAUGGGGUGGGUGUGGCUUCGUGACCAUUAUCACAAGAGCAGCUGCUCACUGAUUUGACUGCUCCAACCCAGUUCCACCUCUGACACCGCCAAAACAUCCACUAUGCGGGUGUCUGCUAUCCCGGUCUGAUUGAAUCUAGGCCUCGGACUAUGAAGUGUACUGUUUACUAUUAGCAAUUCCCGUUUAACUUGUUUGACAAACAUUUUUUCUUCUUCAUUGUUUCUUGGCUCAGCCAAGAGGUAUGAUGUUGAUGGGAAUCUUUUUGAGAUCAUCACUUCAGAUGAGACGCACUAUUUCUUCCAAGCGACUACAGCCGAGGAGAGGAAGGAGUGGAUCAAAGCCAUCCACACCGUGUCAAAAACCGGAAAAUAAUCACAACAGGCCACAUAGCUAAUUUGAACAAUUUACAUUGAGGGAUAUGGAUUAUGGUUGGCAUGUACAAAGCCUUGUUGCAGAGCCAGAAGGAAUCCACAUUUAAAUAAUUUAGCCCUAGAAUUUGAAGGAUGAAUGACUUAUCCAAAAUUCAGCUUUUACGAGUUUUAUGUUUCUUAUUGUAUUUAUGUUGAAUGAUUACAAAUUUCCUGUACAUAUAGAUCAAAUGCCCCCUCACAUGCUUUUCAAAAUUCACCAUGAUGUGGGUGUACUCUCACCUUUAGAUGUAUUUAUCACAUGAUAUGAGAUACAGGCAGGCUGUGAAGAAGGGUGCAAUGUUCUCUGUGUAGAAAGGCAUGAAGUUCUGUUAUGGUUUCUGGUGUGGCCGUCUGCUUUUCCAUCCAGCUGCCUGUAAAAGAAUAGAAUAAUCUAUUUAGAGGUAGGGAGAAGGAGGAGUUAGAAGAAUCUCACUAUUCCAGCCAGUUCCUAUGACUGAACAAACACUUAUCAUAUCCUGCCUCUGAGGACAAUUGUCAUUCUGUGGUUUUCAUGAUGUUCUUAUCCCAUAUCACUUGAUAUGCACAUGGUCUAUGUACUGGCUGUAUAUCGCUGUGUUCUAACUCCAGUAUCAAUUCAAUAUCUACUCUUUGUCUCCACUUUCUGGUUUCUGUCAAAAAGUAAAUGUCCAAAAAAGUUAUGGUUUUCAAACAACCAAGAAUUGUGACCCUAUUAUUUGACAUGUACCUUUGAUCUUUGACUCUCCUCGUGUUUAUCUACUCCGACCGGGCGUUAUGACAUCCUGAAAGAUGUAAUGCCUCCAAAUUCAAUAAAAGGC